AUGGAUCGAUCUUCGGGCAGUACGACCCGCGGGGCGAAGAGGGCAGAGGCUCCUGUCUCCCAGGACACCAAACUAGCGGAGGCUAUCGACCAAGAAUUGCUAGCCGUGAUGGGCUAUAAACAGGAGCUUCGCAGACAUUACUCUACGCUUCAAGUGUUUGCAAUCGCCUUCAGUAUCAUGGGCUUGUUGCCAUCCAUCGCAUCAACGUUGUCGUUUUCCCUCCCCGCAGGGCCAGCAGCCAUGGUUUGGGCCGACCUUAGCUCCGCGUUGCCGACAUCCGGAGGGCUUUAUUGGUGGACACAUCACUUUGCAGCGGAUAAAUGGAAAAAUCCUCUUAGUUUUCUUGUCGGUUACAGCAAUACCAUCGGGCUCAUCGGGGGCAUAUGCUCGGUUGACUUCGUCUCCGUCGUCCAUAACGGGGAAUGGGUGGCCUCAAGAAACCUUAUAUACGGCGUUUACGCGGCUACAGUAGCCGCCCAUGGUAUCCUUGCUAUACUCGCGGCGCCCAUCAUGCACCGCAUACAGUCUGUUUGUAUCGUUGCCAACGUUGGUUUGGUCUUGGGGACAGUUAUCGCCUUGCCAAUUGGAAAGUCAAGAACGGUCGAGGGUAUCAAUUCUGCAACCUACGUGUUCGGCCAUGUCGAGAACCUCACGACGUGGCCUACCGGUUGGGCGUUCAUGCUCGCAUGGCUUUCGCCAAUUUGGUCUGUUGGUGCCUUUGAUUCUUGUGUGCAUAUGAGCGAGGAAGCUAUCAAUGCUGCCAAGGCUGUCCCGUAUGGAAUUCUCUGGGCUGGUGGAGCGUGCUGGUCCCUUGGGUUCCUGUGCCUUUGUGUCAUCGCUGCUUGCAUGAACACCGACCCUAACGUAAUCCUUAAGAGUCCCCUAGGCCAGCCAAUCGCGCAGAUAUAUUAUGAUGCCUUGGGCAAGAAUGGGGCAAUAAUAUUCAUGGUAGCAAUGGCGACAGUCCAGUUCUUUAUGGGGUUAAGCAUCACGAUCGCAGCAUCUCGACAGACCUGGGCCUUCUCCCGCGAUGGCGCUCUUCCCUUUUCAAAAUACCUAAGAGUAGUCAGCACUAGGUUCCGUUAUCAACCUGCCCGAGCCGUAGUCGGAUGCGCGGCCACAUCAAUAAUCCUGGGAUUGCUGUGUCUUGUCAAUAGUGCAGCUAGCAACGCGUUGUUCUCAUUGACUGUUGCUGGCAACUACUUUGCUUGGGCGAUGCCGAUAUUCUGUCGGAUCUUCUGGGGCCAGGAUAAAUUUAAACCAGGCCUGUUCUAUACCGGUCGGCUCAGCACUCCUAUCGCCGUUGUGGCGCUGCUGUAUAUGGCUUUCGCGAUCACACUUUCAAUGUUCCCAACCGCCGGGCCAUCACCAAGCGCGAACGAUAUGAACUACACGGUAGUAAUCAACGGAACCGUCUGGAUCGGCUCCCUAUUGUAUUACUUCUUGUCCGCGAAAAAGUGGUUCAAGGGGCCCCGGAAGACGCUUGAUCCGGCAUCCCCUACCGAAGCCGAGCACAGAGAGACGGAAUCGGAAUGCUGA